GUCGCUCCUUAUCAAUACGCGCACCACACAUUGCUCUGUGUAAAGUGCAAAUCUGGAAAAGAUAAUAAAAAACUCAGCCAUGCUCUUCUCACUCAAAUCCAUAUGCUUCUCGAUUGUCCUUCUCUGUCGGUGCUGUGUGCAUUCUGCGUCGGAAGAUCCAGUCCCGGCGCCAUGGCCGCCGCAAUUCCACGCAGUUACCGUCAUGAACUACACCGGCGGGCUGCGAAUCGUUGACAUAUGGUACGAUUGGCCUAACAAACGUUACUUCCACAUCAACCACUACCAGCUGGGGAAAACGGUGUACGACGUCGAAUGGAACAACCACACCUCCUUCGUGUUUACCUUGGACUCCAACCGCGAAUGCACCGUCUUGCAAUUCCCGGUAGGCAUCCUCACGCCGGACUGGCUCGCCGGAGCCAACUACCUCGGCCAGAGGUACAAGGAUGGGUUCUUGUGUAACGUCUGGGAGAAAGUGGAUUUCAUCUGGUACUACGAGGAUGUGAAUACCAAAAUACCCGUGUAUUGGGAGUUCUAUGAUGGAUUGACAGAGCAUGUGAUGAAAUUUGAGGUGGGAAGAGUGCUUGAAGAUUCAAAGUGGCAAGCUCCUGCAUACUGCUUUGGUGAUGAUGCUGUGAACAAGAAGAUAUCUUUGGUACCAAAUCUGGGUAGACAUCAUCGCGCUCGCAUUGAGAAUUCAUAAAAAUAAUAAAAAAUAAAAAAAAUAAAAAAAAAAAUACACGUUUUCCUA